UUGAGUGGAUUUGUACCAGCGUGGAAGAUAACUGGGGAUUUUUGUUGUUUGUUUUGGGAAUAGAACUAAAAAAUGGAGACUGUAAGUAGAAGCAGCUUCCAGCCUCAUCCAGGACUGCAGAAGACCUUGGAACAGUUUCAUCUGAGCUCUAUGAGCUCCCUGGGUGGCCCUGCUGCUUUCUCAGCGCGAUGGGCACAGGAGAUGUACAAGAAAGACAAUGGCAAAGACCCGGCGGAACCUGUGCUGCAUCUGCCCCCUAUCCAGCCCCCCCCGGUGAUGCCUGGUCCAUUCUUCAUGCCCUCGGACAGAUCCACUGAGAGGUGCGAGACCAUCCUGGAAGGGGAAACCAUCUCCUGCUUCGUGGUGGGUGGGGAGAAGCGCCUUUGCUUGCCCCAGAUCCUGAACUCGGUGCUCAGGGACUUCUCCCUGCAGCAGAUCAAUUCGGUGUGCGAUGAGCUACACAUCUACUGCUCCAGAUGCACCGCUGACCAGCUGGAGAUCCUCAAAGUCAUGGGCAUCUUGCCCUUCUCUGCCCCCUCCUGCGGGCUGAUCACUAAAACUGAUGCUGAGAGGCUUUGCAAUGCCUUGCUUUAUGGUGGCACCUAUCCUCCCCACUGCAAGAAGGAAUUCUCUAGCACGAUCGAGCUGGAGCUUACAGAGAAGAGCUUCAAGGUGUACCAUGAGUGCUUUGGGAAGUGUAAGGGACUCCUGGUACCAGAGCUUUACAGUAACCCCAGCGCAGCCUGCAUCCAGUGCUUGGACUGCAGGCUCAUGUACCCGCCUCACAAAUUUGUGGUCCACUCUCACAAAUCCCUGGAAAACAGGACUUGCCACUGGGGCUUUGACUCUGCAAACUGGAGGUCCUACAUCCUCCUCAGCCAGGAUUACACUGGGAAAGAGGAGAAAGCUAGGCUGGGCCAGCUCCUAGAUGAAAUGAAAGAAAAAUUUGACUAUAACAACAAAUACAAGAGGAAAGCCCCCAGGGUUCAUUCAGAAAGUCCACAAAUAAAAUAA